AAGAAGAAGAAGAAGAAGAAGAAGCGGAAGAAGCCCUAAACAAUCAUGGAGGGCUUCAGAGUGUUGGAGCUUUAUAGCGGGAUAGGAGGAAUGCAUUUUGCUUUAAAAGAGAGUUGCAUAUCUGCCCAGGUGGUUGCUGCUGUGGACAUCAACACCAUUGCCAACGAGAUCUACAGGCAUAAUUUCCCUGAAACUCCUCUGUGGAACAAGACCAUUGAGGGCAUCCCACUUGAAGAUUUCAAUAGACUGUCAUUUGAUAUGAUUUUGAUGAGUCCUCCUUGCCAGCCUUUCACCAGGAUAGGACUUCAGGGUGAUGUUGCUGCCAGAACCAAGAGCUUUCUCUACAUUCUUGAUCUACUACCAAGGCUGCACAAGCGUCCACGCUUCAUCCUGCUGGAGAAUGUGAAAGGUUUUGAGACCUCCUCUGCAAGGGAAUGUCUUGUGAAAACACUGACGGAAUGUGGAUAUACUUUCCACGAGCUCAUGGACUCACCCCAAACUGUUGGGAUCCCAAAUUCCAGACUACGUUAUUUCUUGAUUGCUAAGCUGUUACCCGAGAAGUUUAACUUCAAGACAAGUCCUCCAGGUGAGGCAUGGGAUCUGUGUCUGCAUCUGGAAAAUGCGGCUUCUCCAGAGCAACCUACAGUCCUGGAAGAGGAAACUAAGGAGCCACAGGUCCUGUACAAAGUAGAGACAGCAAAUCAUGCCAAGAGGAAACUGCACCAGAAUAGCAAUCUAUCAGUCAGACAGAUCCAAGACUUCCUUGAACUGCCGAUGGAUGCGGACCUGUCACCCUAUCUCCUUCCUCCUAAAACUCUGCUGCGUUAUGCGUUGCUCUUGGACAUUGUCAAGCCUACAUGCAGGAGGUCUGUUUGCUUUACCAAAGGUUAUGGACGAUAUGUGGAGGGAACUGGCUCAGUACUGCAGUGUUGCAUGGAAACAAAGGUGGAGAAUGUGUUUACAGGGAUGGACCAGCUGUCUGAAGAAGAAAAACUCCAGCAGGUGUUGAAGCUCAAGCUACGUUAUUUUACUCCCAGAGAGGUUGCCAAUCUUAUGGGUUUCCCUCCAACUUUCUACUUUCCAGAGGAUAUCACUAUGAAGCAGCGGUACAAAGUUCUGGGUAAUAGUCUCAAUGUUGUGGUGGUGGCCAGACUCCUACAACUGCUCAUCUGUUGAACAUUUAACAGGUCAACCCCUGGACUGUUGCCAACACACAUUCAGUUUCCUUUUGGGACAGAAAUGGGACAGAAUUUUGUUUCAAGGUAUAAAGUUAUUUUACUUAA